GCGGGUUCGGCUGCGCGGCGGGGCUGAGGCGGCCGCGGGGCCCGAUCGCAGGGAGCGAAGCUUGGAUUCCGAGCCUCUCGGUGCUGGGGACAGCCAGGCCUUGUGCACAGGGCGUUAGCGUGCAGCCGUGCUUCCUGGGAAAACUAUAAAAGGUCUCUGGACGACGGCCCCGAGCUGAUGGCAGACAAUGUCAGCCACUAACAACAUAGCCCAGGCCCGGAAGCUGGUGGAACAGCUCCGCAUCGAAGCCGGCAUCGAGCGCAUCAAGGUCUCCAAAGCCUCGUCGGAACUCAUGAGUUACUGCGAACAGCACGCCCGGAACGACCCUCUGCUGGUCGGGGUCCCUGCCUCGGAGAACCCCUUUAAGGACAAGAAGCCUUGUAUUAUUCUAUAGCUGUCUUCUCCGCGCACUCAGCUCCUCUCCCUCUCUCUGUCUCUCUGUCUCCGGCAGGGCAUCAUUCAGUGCCCAGCUCGAGCAAAACAUCUCGAGUCCCCAAAACUUUUAAUUCCAAAAGAAACUAAAAAAAAAAAAAAAAAAAAAAAAAUUGCACUGCCCAGGUGGGGUAAAAAUGUAUCCUUCAGAUUAGAUGGAUUUUCAGACCCGACGACACAGCUGUCUCACGGGCCUGGCCAAAACGGGUCAGUGGCUCUGCAGCCACUUCCAAUUAAGAACAACUGAGAUGCCCAAGCGAUGUGGUAACAAUUUUUUAAAACUCUCAAUUGCCGUUCACCUUGUGGAACCAGAGCUGGGAAGGAAAGGAGGGUGACAGUUGCUGUUAGUUCAGGGCACCUGUCCCCAGGGCAGUAAUUCCUUCACAAUUGGCCACACGGAAAGGACGUCAACAGGUUGCGGGAAUUUUUUUUUUUUUUUUUUUGUAGAGGUAAAACUGGGGCUGGGGGGUUGGGUGACAUAAUGAACUUUUUUGUAAAAAAAAAAAUCUCUCCUUUCCAUUUAAAAAAUUGUUAUUCCACACUGCUGACACCAGAUUUCGGUAGCUGAACCUGUAGCUAAACCGUACGUGUCGUGCGCAGAUGGAUUGUAGGGCCUGGGCAGGGGCUUUUGUCUCUGAUACGCACUCCGGGCUGCCAAGUGUCACUCCCCUGUGUGGCAUUUGUCACUUAUCCCUUCCUGGGGACCCCAAAAGCAGAUUUUCAGGACUUGUCCCUGGUGAGGGAGAGGUGGCUGUCAUGGGCCCGGCCAGUGUUUCAUUCUAAGCACGAGGUGUCCGUGUGUUACCGAGCGGCUUUGAUCACACCGGGCCCUUCCGGGUUGUUUCCCCCUUUCUCGAAUCACCACGGCCGUUUUUCAAACCCAAAUGCCGCCCGGGGAGCCCCUGCCUGGCGGGUUGAGCCACCUUUUGCGUGGGUGUGUGCACAGUUGCCAAAUUGUCUCAAAGUGACCUCAAAGGACUGUGGGAGGCGAGAUCCUCUGUCCCAGAGACGGAAACGUCCGCUCAGGUCUCCCGUCGUCCCUCACGCCCGAUCCUUGCGGUUUUCCACCCAAGUCACAACCCGGAAGGGCUGGCUUGAGGAUGAGAGACACAUUUUGGGGGAGAAUCAGUCACUCUUCCCAAUGGCCUUGCAAAUUUAAGAUGUCAUGGGGGGAGGGCAUUUUUAAGAUGACUUUGUCCCCUUUUACGACCCAGAGAGUGACAGCAGCAGGUGGCAGAACGGAGGUGCUGCCGGCACACCCUCUGGCGCCCACCUGCUUCACCUGUGGCCACACCUGAGAUGGGUCCUGGGCAGCAGGGGCCCCACAUAGCCCUGGACUUUGGAGGCCCCACGGAAACCAGAGUCUAAGGGCUUAUGCCCAGAAUGUUCCAGGACGGCACCCUGGUCUUCCCUGCAGGCCGAUAGGGCCCGUGCCGGAGCCUCAGCCGACUCCCCCACGCUCCCAGUGCAGCCGCUUCUCGGGGCAGGGUCGAGGUUCCCGUCUGACCAAGGCUGGAGAGACCGGGCGGCUGCUGGUAGGGAGCAGGUGCAGGUGCAGGGGGGUGGCCCUCAACCCCCCACCCCGGGCUGGCUCCCGGAGGGAUCAGACGGCAGCUCAGGCUUCUCCCGGGCUCCCAGCUCUCUACGGCCGGUCCGGGAGGACUGGGACUCGGGGGCCCUGGCUCCACCAACCUGCUGCUGGACCAGGAGACAGCAGCCUCCUCCUGCUGGGCUGGGGCCGGGGGGCCCAGGGCGGGCCUCUGCCACCCCUGGCAGGAAUGUGGGAAGCGGCACAAGCCUGUCCUGGAAACCCAGGGAGCGGCCCCAGCAGGGAGGCCGAGGCAGGGGCAGGCGGGGUGGUGUUAGAAGCAGGCAGCGGAGAGAAAGCCCCUGCCCCAGCUCCUCCCUUUCCAACCAACCGUCUUGGCACCUGGGAACCAAGGCGCCCCCGUUUCUCCUAGAAAGAAGCCUUAAUCCCCUGAGCUGGUGUCACAUCCUUGCACGGCCAUCCUUCCUCUGUGGUCCCCACUGUCCCGGCCCUCUGGCCAACAGGCCCCGCAGAAGACAGGAGAUUUUGAGUUCAGGGUCAGCAGCACCUGAGGAGCCCAAGCCCCCUUCCUCCCCCUCUUCCUCCUCCUCCUCCUCCUCCUGUGCCCUCUGCCCUGCCAGGGCCAAGGGAGGAGGGGGACGCAGCUGUGCCAAGCCCAGUCCCACCUGUGUGUCCCCACUGAUGCAACCCCAGAGAAGCCAGCAGGGACCCCUGGGCCGAGGGAGAUGAUGGGGCUAAGCCCGAGCUUCCCAGCCCCAGGCGCCCACUCUGUGCUCACUGGACCGGCAGACACUAAACCCAUGUCCUCCCGCCCCAUGGAGAGGACCCUGGGGUCCAAGCAUUCUAGGUAAACUGAGGCCCAGGGAGGGGAAGGACAGGCUGGUGUCUCCCCAGAGUCAGGCCUCGGCUGCCCAUCCCUGGGUGUCCCUGCCCCCUGCCCGGCCAUCUCCCAUCCGAUCCUCCACCCCCUCCACUCCGGCUCUCGAGCCUGGUGACCAGGUGCCCACAGCCUCGGACCCCAGGGAGGUGGCACUUGGCAAAAGCCUGUGGGUCUCUCUCCGGCUUUUAGAGUCAAUCUCUUAAGACCACAUGGAGGGACGUGUUUGUGCAGCCCUGACACCCGAUGGCACCCAUGCUGCCGACCGCGUGUGCGUGUCUGGCGAGAACUCGCUAUGUCCAGGCGGUUUCGGGGUUGCUAGAGCACCGGCGGCGGGGAGCUCUUGUGGGUGCAGCCCUGGCCCUGGCCGUGGGGAGGCCAGCAUCUCUCAGCCACAUGCCAUCUGCACCGAAAAGAAGAAAAACAGGGCGCAGGCAGGAGGGGGAACCGAAGGAGUUUCCCUUUCUCCUGCAGCCUGGUCUAGAGCUGCCCAUGGGCCAGGUGCCAGGUGGGGGCUGCGAGGUGCACCUGGUGGCCCACCUGGGCACCCUACCCGGCCCCCCCCACCCCAGGAAGGCGCUAGAAUUGCACCCCUCCCCCACCCUCCCAGAAGGUGACCCCCAGGCCAAGCAUGAAGUGGCUCGGUUGUGACCUCCGGGGACACACACGGUGGCCAGCAUGGCCUGGGGUCGGGGCGGAAGGUGUUUGUCUUUCUCCCUUUCUGCCAGGUCCCUUUGAUGGGCCGCCAGGCUGCUCAUCCAUCUCCGCCAAGCUCUGGGGCCACAGGAAAAGGCUAUCGCAGCCCUGCCCGCGCAGGAGUGACCAGGACGGGGUUUCCGGGCUGAGGUGAAGCCACUGAACCGUCGCUCUUCCUCGAGGGGCGCUCAUAAAAUAAGUCAGCCAACCUAAGAAGCCAUACGCCAGGCUCUCACCGCCCGUCCCUGUCCUCGAAGGGACGCAGUCGCCAAGCGCGGUGAAGACCAGUGUCUGGCCGGUCCCACCCCGUCUGCAUUUCAAUGUCCCGUUAUCUUUAUUUAUUACUUUUUUUUAGGAUACCAGGCGUGCCGCACCCACUUUCUCCAGUGUUUUAAUAUCGUGUGGAAUUGUUGAUACGAAGUGAAUUCAUACACAAUAAAAAGGCUCACGUUUCCUUU